AUGCGCAAAUUCUCUCGUUCGAAAAGCCUGACGAUUCCGACGACUUCUUACGCAACGAAGACCUCCACACACAUGAACGAUUUCGAGGAAAAAAAGAAGAACACGAAAGAUCAUGCGAAUGAACUGGAAAGAAUCGAAGCGAUGACGUUUUGCGUCAGAGGAGGCGUUCUGAUUAAAUACGGGAGACGAGGGAAACCGCACGGGGCGGAGUUUAAGUUUUCCUCAGACGGGAGAGCGUUGGAGUGGCAAAAUAUAAAGAAGAAGACAAAGAAGAAGAAGACGAAGAACGACGAGAGAGAGUCCGAUUUUGAGAACGAGUUUUUGGAGCGAAAUGGAGGUAAAGGAGCGUCCACGUCGAAGCGCGCGUCUUCUUUUUAUAGCGGCGGGAGUAAUACGUCCACCUUGCAGUUGCGCGACGUCGUCAAAGUGACGAAAGGAAGAGACUCGGCGAUAUUCGAUCGGUUUCCGAAUCUUCACGACGAGAAGUGUUCGUUCUUCAUAGAGUACGUGGAAGGAGGAGGAGGAGAAAACGAUGUCGUCGCAAAUAUAAAGAGCGGCGUUGCCAAGAAUACCAAAGUUCGAACGUUGAAUGUAGUCGCGGAAGACGAGCAGAGCAGAGACAAGUGGAUGCUCGGCAUCGAGACGACGCUGUUAAUCGCAAAAGGUUUGUAUUACUUCGACGGAUCUUCUGGCGCGACGCGUUUGAAGCACGUGGGCGCGCUCGCGACGAGGCAACGGCAGAGCUUUCGAGUCAACGUGAACGCGAGCAAACACAGCGGCGACGUCGCGGUGGCGUUUGAAGAGAGGACGAGGGAUCGCAGCAAGAAUUUGUUUGAGAGUAAACAAAAUUUCAUCGCCAAAGAAGGGGAAGAUUUUGGGAGCACAAUCAAGCACAUACGACAGCUCUCGCGUUUAUCGCACGGGAGAUUAUCGGAUGGCUUAGAAGUAGGAGGAGAAGGGGAAGAUCGUUCACCAGUAUCGCUGUUUUUGAAAGAGGAUGUUCCCGAGUCCGAGCCAUCAUCGCACGACGCCUCGCAACCGACCAAAAACGCGGACGCGGAAGCGGACGAGUCAUCGUCCAUAUUUUCGACAGAAAAUUCGGUCUCACUUAUCGGCAAUUCACGCAGGGGGGCAUCGUCCGAGGGGAGAGGUCAUGCCUCGACCAGUCGAGAGAGCUCGGGGCAAAUACAGAAAACCGCGGCGCUGAGCUUCUUGAGACCGAAAGAUAUUUACGUCUGGGGUAAUUUUCAAGGCGAAGAUGAUGGCGAAAAUACCAACUUACUUCCAUCCAUGCACAAAGGUUUCGAACAUUUGGACCCGAUUAAAGUCUCUGCUGGUCGGGCGCACUUCGUUGGCAUUUCUAAAGGUGGUUUCUUGUAUUUCUGGGGCGAUAAGCAACGAUUUCAAUGCGGAGAUGCCGUAACCACGGGCUUUCACGACAAACCAAACGUUUCGCACCCGAUGAAAUUAUCGUUUCCUACGGAUGAUAUCCAUCGCACCGAAUUCGUCGAUUGCGCGUGUGGAGAUGAUUAUUCUCUCGCACUGACUCGAGAUGGCGAGAUAAAAGCGUGGGGUGCAACCGGAUGGGUCGAGAAAGGAUCAACCGGGCGUGGAGGCUCGUUUGGAAGCAAGCGAAUUAUUAGCGUUCCGGUAAGUUUAGAAUGUGUCGGGGCGCGGAAAGUAAGUAAAAUCGCCUGUGGCCCUGUACAUUGCGCAGCCAUUUGCGAUUACGGAGAGAGCGUUUACACGUGGGGCGAAGGUGUGUUUUACGCCUUAGGCCACGGAAACGAUUCGCGAACGCUGGCAAAACCGAAGCGCGUCGAGGCGUUGGUCGGGAAGACGGUGACUGCGAUAUCGUGUGGCGCCUGGCAUACGGUUGCGUGCGUCGCCACGAACACGAACAGAACAGGAGGAAACAGUUUGAAUUUAGCUAACUACAGAUCGAGUGGUGUUGAUAUGGUUGACGCGUUUGGAGGUGACGUAUACGUUUGGGGAGAUGGGAGUGAAGGUCAGCUCGGCCGUCGUGUCGAGAAGGCAAUCAAAGUACCGACAAAAAUCUACAUUGAGAACGACACACCUUCAGCUUUGAGAAACGCGAGUAACGCGGACGAAAAUCUCGUCGUGCCAGAACGUGUCGCUAACGUGAGCACGUCAAUCAUAAAAGUAGCGUGUGGUGCGGCGUAUACGAUUUUGUUGUCCAUCAACGGCGACGUUUUCAUCUCCGGGAAACUUGGAAAGUAUUCUUCAAAGACGUUUGAAAUUAUCCCGGAACUCUCUCGUUCAAAAAUUGGCAACGAUUUAGUCGUUACGCGGAUCGCAGCUGGAACUGAUCACUGUUUAUUUGCCGCUUCGUCGACCUCGGUUAUGCCAACGUCGUAUACUGCGAGGAAAGGUGAUGGCAAGAAGCGCGAGAAGAGAAGUGCUAAACUUUUUGCGAUUGGCGGAAAUAAAUUUGGUAAGAUCGGAGACGGUACCCUUCGAGAGGCUGCGGUUCCCAUCGAAAUUGAAAAGCUGAGCGGAAUGAGCAUCAAGUCUUUGGCGUGUGGAGGAAGCGUGAGUGCGGCUAUUGUCGCUGAAAGUGGUCGAGACAAAAUAUAUAAAGAUCGCAAAGCGAAGAAGGCGGAGAUGGAGCUUUCGGUGGCUAUGAAUGGCUAUCAACGUUCCGAUUCUAUUGUACACUCGAAUUCCGUAGUAGUAGAAGGGGCAGAAAUCCAGAUGAAAGAUAAGAAACUAGUGGGAGGAGUUUUGGAACGUAAGAAAUCGAAACUGAGUCGAAUCUCAUCCUUUUUAACACUCGCUCCGACGGCGACUUCGGAAAGUUCAAUCUCCACCGGAUUUGGCGGAACAAUGACGAAAAAUCGAGAAGGAGACGAUCGCAGUCUUCCUACAUACGCUGUAGAUAAGAAUUCGGAUUCAAAAACUUUGCUGAAUCUUUCGGCGAGCUUGCGUUCGCUCGCUUCGCCGCCUCGGAUUUAUGAAAUUGAACGGCUUCCGCCAUCAUCGCCGAUACCGGAAUCACCGGCUUCGCCAAUUCCGGUGCCUCGACGGACACCUCCGCCGCGACCGAGCGUGAUCAAACCACUCGCACCAGUAGCAUCACCACUCCCGCCACCACCACAAAAACUCGAACAACAAGAAAAAACGAAUGGCAGUAGUGUUACUGCGAAUAUUCAUCCGGCACCAGCUAUGAGCAGCAGAGAACGCCUGGUUCAACUCGUCGAGCGAAACGUUCAAGACGCGAAACUGUCUGCAAAGGAAGAAGCUGUGGAAAAGAAGACGAUGAAAAAGAAAGCACUACCGCAAUCAUACCCACCACCACCACCACCACUGUCAGUGAAUAGACACGGGCGAAACAGCAACUCGCAAAAUCCGCUCAACCCGUCGUUCGUUAAGAAGUCAAACUCGGACGUGGAUAUCGUGAAAACGCCUCCGCCGUCGAAGAAACCUCCGCCGUUACGAGCGACCAAGACAACAACAACAACAACAACAACAACUGUACCAAAAGCGAGACGAAAAUUAGAAAAAACGGCGGCGGCGGCGACGGCGACAAUAAUGUCGAAGACGACGAUGACCGAGACAGAGAACAAAUGGGUGGAAGAAAUCGAACCGGGCGUGUUCUUGACGUUUACAAAGCUCGACGCUUUGCGCACGACGGUGACGAGAGUUCAAUUUGCCAGGCGAGUGUUUGCAAACGAAACGCAAGGACUAAAAUGGUGGCAGGAAAAUAGAGCGAGAAUAUUUCGAGAACGAAAGCUAGCCGCACCUACGACGUAG